AUGCUCUCGACCGCAGGCCCCCGCCGCACGCUCCUCCACCACCACCACCACCACCUCACCCGGCCACAGACACGCAGCUUCAUCUUCCUCCCCUUCUGGAGCCAGUGGCCGCGGCGGCGGCCGCCGAGCGACGCCGAGAGGCUGCUGGUGAUGCUGCAGAGGGCGGCGCGGCGCAGGGUGGUGAUGGAGUGGCGGUGGGAGUGGGCGGGGCCGGGGGCGGGGUGGGUUAGGGUGCAGGGGGGGAGCAGUGAGGAGUAUGAUAUCGAUCUGAUCACGCUGAGGAAGGUGCCGAGGCGCGCGGAGGGGGUUGUCGAGGCGCGGGCGGAGACGGGGGAGAAGGGGGAGAAGGGGGCUGUCACGGCGGGGAAGAAGGGGGAGAGGGAGGAUCCGGGGUCGAGGAAGGAGAAGGAGAAGGAGAGGAAGGAAAAAGAAAAGGCCGAGAAGGAGAAGGCCGAGAAGGCCGAGAAGGCCGAGAAGGAAAGGAGGGAAAAAGAAAAAGAAAAGGCCGAGAAGGAGAAGGCCGAGAAGGCCGAGAAGGAAAGGAAGGAAAAAGAAAAAGAAAAGGCCGGGAAGGAGAAGGAAAGGGCCGAGAAGGAGAGGAAGGAGAAGGAAAAGAGAGAGAAGGAAAAGAGGGAGAAGAGGGAGAAGGAGAGGAAGGAGAAGGAGAAGGAGGAGAAGGAGAAGGCGAAAGAGAAGGAGUCGAAGCCGGCGUCAAAGGACAGCACCCCUAUAGAGCUACCAGUCAAAAGUACUACAAAAGCCAACACAUCCGAGAUCCUCGCAAAAAUAAUCAAAGGCCAAACCGACAAACUCCAUAAGAUGGAUCCUCCAACGCUGCCCGAGAAGCCGACUGGCCGAAAGGAAGUAGCAACUCCAGCGCCUGAAGCCACUGCCGAAGCGACGAAACCCAAGUCCCAAGCAAACUCUGUAGCCCAACCUACCAAGGUUGAUGAUUUGACAAAAGUAGCAAAGGAGACCCCCUCGUCCUCCCCGACGUCUAUAAAAACAGACAAUAUCACGACGACGUCAACAACCGGGACCAUCCCAGCCACAGCGGUCCCUAAGAAUGAGCAAGCAGUGGCGCCUCAAGUAAAAAAGGAUACACCAAGAUCCCAUAGUUUCACUCUCGUCAAAGACUCCAAAGAGGUGCAGGAGUCGCCCGAUGCAGACAUCGACCAUCUCCUCCCAUCCGACAUACGGAGCGCCGCCGGAAUACCAGUGAAGACCCAACCACAAACCGAGGCCGAAUCCGCGAAAGCCAAACAGCCCACCACCACACAGGCCGACAUCAGCGCUCCACCACCGCAAAAGAAGCCCCGCGAGAGCCCCGAGGAGCUCCAGGAACGGAUGCGCCGCAUCGCAGACAGCCUCGACCUGGGCCCCAUCGAGAAAUUCAUCCCGUCUAAGGACCACCACGACCACCACGACUACGAGUGGUCCGGCACCGAGAACGUCUCCACCGAAGACGUCUUGAAGCACCCCUCCCCGACCCCGACCCCACCACCAGCCACCGAGCCAAUCCCGAAACCAAAGCCCCCUACAGCAGACCCAACACCACUGAUCGAGCCCGUAGUCCCAACUAUGCCCUUCACCGAACCACCCACACUUCCCCCGCAGUCUCCACCACCCACACUUCCCCCGCAGUCUCCACCUCCUCCCCCUCCCCCCACACCCAAAAACUACUACAUCCUCGUCCGCAACCCCGACACCGGCUCCAUGCACUUCACACCCCUGCCACACUCGCUCAUCAGCGACUUCCCCACGCUCUCGCGCGAGAGCACGGCCUUCGACGCCAUGCGCCGCCUCACGAACCCCGAGGCGUUCCUGCCGCUGUGGCGCGUGCUGCAGCGCGGCGGCUUCGAGGUCGUGGGCGGCGAGCGGGACUGUCUGGUUGUUAUGGUGGACCGGGAGGGGAGCAGGAUUAAGUAUGGGGAGGUGCUGAAGGAGGUGCGGGGGCUGGUGUCGCCGGCGGAGAGGGUGGCGAGGGGGGCGUGGGAGAAGCGGAGGAGGGAGGAGAAGGAGAAGGAGAAUGUGCAGAAGGAGGUGGAGGAGGUGAAGGUGGAGGAGAAGGGGGUGGAGGAGGGGGUGAAGGAGGGGAGGAGGCCGAGGAGGAAGAUCUUUUGGUCGGCGGUGUGGGUGGCGGCUUGUACCGGGGCUGUGACGGUGGGGUUGGAGACGUAUUUGUGA